AUGCAGGGCGAGACCCGGGACCACGAGUGGCUGACCCGCGAGGCCAUCCGCCGCAACAUCCGCCGCUUCUUCAUGGCCAACCCCCCCCGCCCGGACUUCUUCGUGCCCUACGAGGCCACGCUGACGGAGCUCUACCACGCCUACUACGGGAGCACCUCGUCGCCCACCAGAUUCAUCAAGGCCGUCAACUCCAUCGCCGCUGCUAACGUCAAGGCGGAUUCGUCUGCGCAACUUAGAUAUGACCCAGCUAUCCAGGCCGACGGGGAGAGCCUCAAGGACCUGCAGGCGGUGCUCACUGCCAGAUAUCCCCAGAUCCUGACGUCCAUCCUCCAAGACGAGUCCUACUCAGCGGCCAGAGCUCUCCUCGGCACAUCCUACCACUCCAUCCAGAAGUUCUACUCCCACUCCACCUGGGUUGAACAAGGGAACGUUGGGAUUCUCGAGGGACUCGGUAUUCCAGGCUCGGAAUUGGGUGACCUAGCGGGCGAGAGUGACAACGUGUGCACCUCUUGCGAUAGUCCUCAGGGCGAGUGUUCGGCCAACAUCAUCGUGGGAUCCGGCCUCAGCACGGGCUAUUACGAAUACGAAGACGAAGUCGGUGCCAGUUUCGUGAUUCCGAAGCCCCCCACGGGCGGGAAGUGCAGCCACGGCGGGGCGCUGGACCUGAGUGCCUCCCAGCCUGCCGAGGGAGGCAUCAACAAGGACACGACCUCGCCUUGCUUCUCGCCGCACUUCUACCUUCACAGCGACGCCGCGGAGAUGGCCGUGCAGGCAACUGACCACUACCUCACCGUAAUUCUCGAAGCCGUAGGGGCCGAGAAAUACAGGCGCCUUUUCGAUCUGUACUUUGGCUCCGCUCUGUCCAUUUGCAUAGACACGACGGGUUCAAUGGAAGACGAUAUUCAGGCUGUGGUCGACCAGGUGGAGCAGAUCGUCGCGCAUUCGACGGUCGAGCUGUACAUUCUCGUGCCUUUUAACGACCCAGUGGUUGGGCCUUUCAUCUCGACCAGCGACCCUCAGGUGUUCUUGGAUGCUGUGCACGAUCUCUACGCCCACGGGGGAGGCGAUGGCCCUGAGAUGUUCUGGGGGGGACUUCAGAUGGCUUUAAAAGAAACUCCAGAUUACGGCAAUAUUUUCUGCUUCACCGACGCCGACGGGAAAGACGGAGUCCUGAUGGAGGGCCUAAUCAGCCUGGCGCAGCAGAAACAUGUCAAGGUAAUUAAAAUAAACGGACGAGAGCGAGCAUACCAAGCAUACAGGCUCAUUACCAGCGUCGAGGAGUACCAACGCCUGGCCGAUUCCACGGGCGGCCUCCUGAUCUCGACGGAUAAGUUUGACGUCAGUGAUAUAGCGGCCAUCAUAGGCGAGGGCGUCGAGACCUCCGCGGUGACCAUAGAGAGUUUAGCCGAAAUCACAGGUAAUCGUAUAGUUCCCCUUCCCGUCGAUGAUUCCGUUUUAGACUUCGAAGUGCGGAUCACUGGAGUCAUCAGUCAAGCUCUUCUUUGUGACAUCACGGGCACGCCCUACGACCUGACGGACGAGGCCGCCCUGGCCGCGACUCCGGGCGUGGAGGUGGUCUCCCACACGGGGACCUUCCUCGCCGUCCGCUUCCUCGCCCCUCGCUACGGCCUCUGGCAGCUCUCCGUCAGCGCCGCCGGCGACUACGCCCUCGCCGUCUCCGCCACGUCGGCGCUGGACUUCCUCGGGGACUUCGCUCUCCUGGACCCGUCGCCGCCGCACCCCCACUACCGGAAGACCGAGGGGCGUCCGCUGACCAAUACUGUCUAUUACCUGGAGGUCACUCUUGUGGGUCAUCUGGAGAGCGAGGUCACCAAUGUCAAUAAGGUCGAAUUUGUGGACAAGGUAAGAAAGAAGAUAUAUAUUCAUAAUAUCAACAUGAUGCAUCUAAUCAACACCCCCUGUGCCUCCUCCUCAGGGCUCUACCGCGUGGACGCCGUUCCUGAGGGUGACAGUGUCAGCGUGUCAGGAUUCACUCCGGGGACAACAGCUGACGUCACUGUCGACUACACGGCCUCCUGUUGCACCACGCAGGUCGACAUCAUCGGCGUGGACGGCGUGGGCAACGUGGGGAAAUGUCACAUCGACCUGGGGAUUCUCGGGGGUCUUAUCUACGACUUCGAGGUGGACCUAGUUGGCGAGACGUGGGUGGUCCUCCACUGGAACAUCACUCCUUCAGACUAUCCCAUUAACUACUACGAUCUCAGCAUCAAUGGAGUUCCUUCUCAGCACGUUACUUGCCAUGACCUGUAUUGCCGGGCCCUGGUGACUUACGUAGACCCGUGCUCCCUCCAAGCUUUCAACAUUACUCCCGUCUUCGAUUACCACGGGACAGACAUGGCUGGCUUACCGGCCUAUACUGAUGCUAUUACUCUCGAUAAAGAGCCUGGGGUGCCAUACAACGGGACGGAGAUCGACGCAACGGAGACGAGCAUCACUAUCUCGUGGCAUCCUCACCCAGACCACGUCCUGUGCAGCUACCAGUUCGAGGUGUGUUACUUCGAGGUGGGGACCAACCCGAGCGCCGGCCUCUGCGAGCGAACAGCCGACACCUUCUACACGAUGCAGGGCCUCGGCGAGUGCAAGGCCUACAUUGCAGACGUGGCAGCUCUCUCGCCGUCGGGAAUGCAGAGUGCCAACCUUGAGUUCUAUGGCGUCACCCUCUGCGACGGUCUGCCCAGGCGGACUCAUCCUCUCAGCUUCAUCCCUCAGAGCACGAGUGUGGCCCUAACAUGGCCCCAGACGGAUGCCACGAGUUUCCAGGUAUGCUAUUCCGAGGUAGGAUGGACCCAAGACCACCAAGCGUGCGAGAGGACUUCUAACCCCCCCUACGCAAUCCUCGGCCUCCGUCCUUGCAAGGCAUACGCUACGGAGGUCACUUCCUUAGAUCCUACCGGGAGAAGGAUCCACCAGGAAGAGUCCUACGUGGUUACACUGUGCUCUGGGAUGUCUUAGAUCCUUUAGUUGAAAUCUUUCCUUACGUGACAUUCAUGAGAUGUUGAAUAUACCUUUCGCUUCUCUUGGUAUACUUGGCAUAAUGUGUUUGUAUUCACCUAUCUAUGAGUCUGUAAUGAAGAUUGGGAAGUAGUUUGUUUAUGGUAGAUAGGAAUUCAGUGACUGUUGACAAAAGCGAUGUAAGAUCAAAUGAAAAUAUCUUUGUGGCUUGCAAUAUAUUAAAAUAUGUAUUAGAUGUGAUAUACGGUAUAAUUAAGUGAUAUCGUGCCUUAAUAAAACAUCUUGAAUAUA